GAGGGACAUGGGUUUGCUGGUGCCGCCGAGGUUGGCCGUCCUGUCGCUGCUCCUCGGCUUUCACGCGGUGGCCGGAGAGGAGUCGGAGGGCAGUGAGCUGGGGCCGGAGAAGCGCUCUGCCGGCGGCGGAGGUGGUGGAGGAGGAGGAGGGGGAGGAGGAGGGGGAGGCUCGGGCUCUGUGCAGGGCAAGGUGCGGCUGUCAGUGCACAGCACAGUUGAAAUAAGUAACUGUUUGCUCAGUGCUGGUGAUGUGGGAUGUGCAGUUUUUGAAUGUCUGGAAAACCAUACUUGUGAAAUACAUAACCUGUAUGAAGUCUGCAGAAUAUUUCUUCAGAACGCAGGGAAGUUUGAUGCACAGGGAAAACUGUUUAUCAAAGACUUCCUGAAGUGUAAUGCUAAUGGGAUUAAGUCAAGAUUCAGCUGUAAUAUUCGCAGAUGUUCAGUAAUACAGGAAAUCCUUUCUGAACUGCAGAAGGAUUGUUACCAGAACUUUGACAUCUGUGCCAUAGCACAUGAUAAUGUAAAUGCUUUUGCAGAAAUGAUUGACUUACAUGAUCUGCUGUUAAAUGGAGCAUACUUGGAAUUUGUAAAGGUCUUGUUUGAUUGUGAUGUCCAUAUUGUGGAUGUCAUAAAGAAAAGCAUACGGUCUCGUUAUGAAUCAAAUCUGAGUAUUUUAAGACGAAUGGUACAAGAUGACACUUGUACUUCUGCACAAAAAGUGAAACCCGAGGAUGGAAAUCCAACGGCAGGAUCUGCUGAGAGACCCAGAAAGGUCAGCAAGAAAGGAAGAAGUGCUGAUCUUGACAACGCUACAUCGUCUAGAGAUGAUUACUGGAAUCAGAAAAGGGAGAAAGCCAGGCAGAGGUUUCAGUAAAAUAUCCUCUUAACUGUUGGCUGAUUUCAGGCUCACAUUUUGGGUGCUGAUGUAAGCAAAAACUCCAUUUUUUUUUAAAGGAAAAGUGCUCUAAUUUUUGUGAUGCAGCUUCUGUAACAAUUACCUGAUGUGUAAUUGAGCUGUAAAUGGUGUUUAUUAGUGGGUGCAACUGUUUCAAUCGCAUCAUCUCACUUUCUAUUUGUUGAUUUUUUUUUGUUUCCUCCCCCAACUCACCAUGUCUGCUGCUGUAGACAUUUCAUUCUACAUUUCCUCUGCACAAUGCUUAUUCCUGAACAGUAUUGCUACCUUUAUAGUAUAAGUAAAUGGUUUAAUAGUGUAAAAUAUGCACCAAAGGUGUAUUCCAUGUUUUGGGGUUGAUAUUGAAACCACUCAUUCCUGGCACUAUGAUCAGUGUUGCUACAUUUAUAGUAAAUGGUUUAACAAUUUAAAAUGUGCACAAAGUCUGUUCCAUGUUUGGGAUUUGUAUCUAAACCACUCCAGAUUCUCCUGCAGUAUGAUCACAUGUGAACUCACUUGAUGAAAAUAUUUUUGCUUAAAUAAUUUGGAGGCUUGCACCAAACGUAUUGUUUGGGGGGGGGGGACAGAAGGAAAUAGCCUCUGACUUUUUAGAAAUUUAGUUAUUAAAUUAAGAUCUCUAUGUACUGCAGAUCUGAAGAAUUUUUAUUUGUAUAGUGCUUUAUAUCCGUCUCAAAGCACUUCACAGUAAUUACUGUAAAAUGUAGUGCCUGUUUUUGUAGGCAAACAGGCCGUCUACUUAAUGAAAUGAUCUUUGCUUUAACGUUUGAAAGGUUUGAAUUGAAAUUCAGUUCAAAAUGAUUUUAUAUAUCGAAUCAGCAAAGAUGUAAAUAGUUGUACAGUGGAUUUUGUUGUGCAGGCAAUUACUUGCACUGUUGAUCUAUUAAACACAUACUUGAUUCUUUUGGUUUUUUUGAACUCUGUUUUAUCUUGCAAUCUGCACAAUACAAGAGUCUUAUACCCUCUAUCAGGAUCAAGUGUUUGUUUUAAGUAUCAACACCUUGAAUUUCUUUCAUAUGGUUUGCUACUGGUAAUGGUCUUUUCUUUCCCCUGUCAUGUCUUGCAGGGAUGGGGAUAGAUAUCCACUGGAAUGAAGGCAAUGAAUGCAUUGGUGCCAUAAUGGUAUCUGCCAGUGGUGUUGACCAAUCUCUAAGGCAAUCUACUUGACUGUCACAGCAACUGACUAUAUCAUAGUCAGUAAGGUGACAGAAAACAGUCUGUCCCAUCAUUAAAUGUGCUACAUUACAAAUCCUAAUCCCCAAUCCCACAGUAGUUUUCAGCGAUUGAAAUGUUCAAGAGCAUUCCAGCACUUGUCUCCUUGGCUACUUUGGCUGGCUCUUGUCCAAUGCCCUGUGCUCCCUCUUGUUUCUUCCUCACUAUUGUAACUUUGCAUAGAAGAUUAACCUAUCUUCCCUAUCCAUUCAGUUCCUAUCUCUGGAACACUCACAGAGUGCUUCUCCCCUCAUCCCCAUUUUAUUGUUAUUUUGAGCACAAGUAUACAGUAUAUAUAUUUUGGGCUGCACAUCAACUGUGAUUGAGGAAGGUGAGCUUGUUCCUUUCUUCUUUGUAUCCUGCUAUUACUCACCAAUACUGGAAAGUAAACAACGUACCUGGUA